AUGGGCGAUGGCAGGAUCCCCAAGGAUCUCCAAUACGGAGAGCUGACGAAGGGAAAACUUCCAACAGGCAAACCCCACCUACGGUAUAAAGAAGUGUGCCAGAGGGACCCGAAAGCCAUGGACGUCGAUCUUGCCACGUGGGAAACACUGACCGCAGACCGAUCAGCCUGGGGGCAGUCUGCUCAUAAAGGGGAAGGGAGGGGUGUCGGGUGGCGCUGCUUCCGCACCCCGGCCCCUUCCCUGCCGCACCCCGGCACCCAGCCUCCUACCGCACCCCAGCACAUCCCUUGCCGCACCCCGGCAUCCUGCCUCCUGCCGCACCCCGGCACCCUACCUCCUGCCGCACCCCGGCACCCUGCCUCCUGCCGCACCCCGGCACCCUGCCUCCUGCCGCACCCCGGCACCCUGCCUCCUGCCGCACCCCGGCACCCUGCCUCCUGCCGCACCCCGGCACCCUGCCUCCUGCCGCACCCCGGCACCCUGCCUCCUGCCGCACCCCGGCACCCUGCCUCCUGCCGCACCCCGGCACCCUGCCUCCUGCCGCACCCCGGCACCCUGCCUCCUGCCGCACCCCGGCACCCUGCCUCCUGCCGCACCCCGGCACCCUGCCUCCUGCCGCACCCCGGCACCCUGCCUCCUGCCGCACCCCGGCACCCUGCCUCCUGCCGCACCCCGGCACCCUGCCUCCUGCCGCACCCCGGCACCCUGCCUCCUGCCGCACCCCGGCACCCUGCCUCCUGCCGCACCCCGGCACCCUGCCUCCUGCCGCACCCCGGCACCCUGCCUCCUGCCGCACCCCGGCACCCUGCCUCCUGCCGCACCCCGGCACCCUGCCUCCUGCCGCACCCCGGCACCCUGCCUCCUGCCGCACCCCGGCACCCUGCCUCCUGCCGCACCCCGGCACCCUGCCUCCUGCCGCACCCCGGCACCCUGCCUCCUGCCGCACUCCGGCACCCUGCCUCCUGCCGCACCCCGGCACCCUGCCUCCUGCCGCACCCCGGCACCCUGCCUCCUGCCGCACCCCGGCACCCUGCCUCCUGCCGCACCCCGGCACCCUGCCUCCUGCCGCACCCCGGCACCCUGCCUCCUGCCGCACUCCGGCACCCUGCCUCCUGCCGCACCCCGGCACCCUGCCUCCUGCCGCACCCCGGCACCCUGCCUCCUGCCGCACCCCGGCACCCUGCCUCCUGCCGCACCCCGGCACCCUGCCUCCUGCCGCACCCCGGCACCCUGCCUCCUGCCGCACCCCGGUACCUCCCCUGCCGCACCCCGGCAACUCUCCUGCCGCACCCCGGCACCCUGCCUCCUGCCGCACCCCGGCACCCUUCCUCCUGCCGCACCCCGGCACCCUUCCUCCUGCCGCACCCCGGCACCCUGCCUCCUGCCGCACCCCGGCACCCUGCCUCCUGCCGCACCCCGGCACCCUGCCUCCUGCCGCACCCCGGCACCCUGCCUCCUGCCGCACCUCGGCACCCUGCCUCCUGCCGCACCCCGGCACCCUGCCUCCUGCCGCACCCCGGCACCCUGCCUCCUGCCGCACCCCGGCACCCUGCCUCCUGCCGCACCCCGGCACCCUUCCUCCUGCCGCACCCCGGCACCCUGCCUCCUGCCGCACCCCGGCACCCUGCCUCCUGCCGCACCCCGGUACCCUGCCUCCUGCCGCAUCCCGGCAACUCUCCUACCGCACCCCGGCACCCUGCCUCCUGCCGCACCCCGGCACCCUUCCUCCUGCCGCACCCCGGCACCCUUCUUCCUGCCGCACCCCGGCACCCUUCUUCCUGCCGCACCCCGACACCCUUCCUCCUGCCGCACCCCGGCACCCUUCCUCCUGCCGCACCCCGGCACCCUGCCUCCUGCCGCACCCCGGCACCCUGCCUCCUGCCGCACCCCGGCACCCUGCCUCCUGCCGCACCCCGGCACCCUGCCUCCUGCCGCACCCCGGCACCCUGCCUCCUGCCGCACCCCGGCACCCUGCCUCCUGCCGCACCCCGGCACCCUGCCUCCUGCCGCACCCCGGCACCCUGCCUCCUGCCGCACCCCGGCACCCUGCCUCCUGCCGCACCCCGGCACCCUGCCUCCUGCCGCACCCCGGCACCCUUCCUCCUGCCGCACCUCGGCACCUCCCCUGCCACAAUAGGGGAAAAGUGGGGGUAG